CAGAGAGACAGACCAGAGAGAGAGAGAGAGAGAGAGAAAAAGAAAGAGAGAGAGGAGGAGGGAGAGAGAGAGAGAGAUCCAAGCCGGGCACACACUCUUUUGCUGCUACAACUGAUCCUUUCCACAUUGACGCUACUGUUAACGUCACGCCUGUAAGCCGUGCAUUCACCCAGCGCUUGCCUUCCCUGUCUUGCUCCUCUCCCCAGUCGGAUGCUGCAUUAGCGAGAGGGUGCUGAUCACCACGAGGAGAGGAGGGAAAAAAAGAACUGGAAAACAAGAAGAAAAAAGAAACACGCCGGAGAGGGGAAGGAGAAACUGCGCACCACCCCUCCUCCCUCCAACCCACCUCGAUCAACCCAGCUACAACACCCCCACUCCUCCCAGCACCCCCUUCCAUCCCCCAUCCCACUCCCCCUCUGAAGAAAUUGACGGAUUAUUGGGAAGUGCACGGGAGGCAGGCUGCAGCUGCUGCUGUGUGUGCUUGCUACUGCUGCUGUGCGCUUCGCGAGGAUGGUGUGUGUGCGUUCGCAAUUGCUGCUGUUGCCACCGCGGCCACCGAGGCAGGAGCAUGUGGCUAGUUAAGAGAAGAAGGAAGCUAAUGAAAGCAGUGUGUGUUGCCUAGUCUUUUCAACCCCUGCUGAGAACUCCUGGAGGAGAAAAGAAAAAAAAAAAGACAAUUAAAUGGACACGACGCCACAUUGAGACAGGGGAGCAAAACGGAAAAGAGUGCGAGAGGGAGAAGGGCUUUCAGACUGACAAACCGACCAACUGAUUGACCAGUAAAAAGUGAACAGAGGAAUACAGAGAGGAGGGGGUCUUUUUUUUUUCUUGUCAGCCUUCCCUCCUAACCAUCGCAAACAAAAGGCAAAAGAACAUUGGAAAGGACUGUGGAAUUUCCAUUCAACCUUGUUCGAUCCCACCCCCACCUACCUCUCUCUUUUUGUCCUUUCUGCUUUGGCAUUUGGUGCACAAAAAAAAAUUGUGCAUGUGUGUUUGUGUGGUCGCCUGUGCUAUGGAGACCUGGGUAAGGUGUCUACCAGGGGGAUCAACUGUCGGAUUCCAAGGACAAGCGAGAGAAGAGGAGCCGACAGCAAGAGGCGAGCAAGGAGCCACUGCUGCUUUUGGAGCCUGACUGGAUUCCUAUCUACAAUCUUUUUUCUUAUUUUUUUUUUGGUAGUCAGCAAGAUAACGGAGAAAAAAAAAAACUCACUAAGGGCCUUUGAACCUUUCUCUUUGGAUGUGUGGAUUUACAAAAGGGCUCAUCUUGGUUAAGCUCUUUGGCAUUGAUACCUGUUUUGACAGAGCAAAUAUAAAAAGGCUUUCUUUGCUGCUCUUGGAUAUACAUACAUCUGAUCUGAAUACCACAGCUUUCUGAUUGCAAAAAGGAGGGAAGCUAUAUAUCUCAGUACAAGGACCUGUAAUAAUAACUUGAGGUAGGUGUCUAGUGUUUCAACCCCUAUUUGCAUCAAUUUGUAACACCCUACCCCUUCUGUUUUGUAAUACGGUUUUUGGUUGUUUAAUUUCCCACUAUGUCCUAAUCAUACACAUGUUUCAGAAAAGCCAGCCCUUCCUACCCUCUGCUCUCCUUCUGCCCAUGAGCAGUUCUUGGAAAUAAAAGCAUUGCUUAAUCGAGGAUAAGUUAAGUCCUAUUACCCCUUAGCAAAACCCCCACACCACAUUAUCCCCUCGUCCUCUUCACUUCCUUUAACCUUUUUAAUCUGGUAACCUUAACACUACAACCAGCCAACCAGCUACUUUCCCUGUACCCAAGGCCCCCAAACACUAGCCCCAAACACCCCCAUCCUCCCCCCCAGAUGAUGCUGAAUUAUGAACGUGCCACAUCAUGAGUCUCCUGGGGCGGGUAGCUGUGCAUCGUGCCAGGAAAGCCGCCCUGCUCUGUGUAGUCUUUCUGAUGGCGCGAGCGUGGAGCAGUGCCUCCCUGGCCUUGGCGGGGGCGGCGGUGUCUCAAGGACCCCAGGGCUGUCCACCGCAGUGUUCCUGUAGUAAUCAGCAGGGGAAGGUGGUGUGCACCCGACGUGGCCUCUCCCGUGUGCCCCCCGGCAUUCCUGCCAACACGCGCCACCUCAAUCUAAUGGAAAACGCCAUUGAGGCGGUGCAGGCUGACUCCUUCCGCCACCUGCACCACCUUGAGGUGCUCCAGCUUGGGCGAAAUGCCAUACGCCAGAUUGAGGUGGGCGCAUUUAAUGGACUCACCAGCCUCAACACACUGGAGCUGUUUGACAACCGGUUGACAGUGGUGCCAAGUGGGGCCUUUGAGUACCUGUCUAAACUGAGGGAACUGUGGCUGAGGAACAACCCCAUUGAGAGUAUACCCUCCUAUGCCUUCAAUCGGGUGCCCUCCCUGAUGCGACUGGACUUGGGAGAAUUAAGGAAACUGGAGUACAUCUCAGAAGGAGCUUUUGAGGGCCUGCAAAAUCUCAAGUACCUCAAUCUGGGCAUGUGCAACAUAAGAGGUGAAAUGCCAAACCUGAGUCCCCUAAAGGGCCUGGAGGAACUGGAGAUGUCUGAAAACCAUUUCCCCGAGAUAAAGCCAGGCUCCUUCAAAGGCCUGCGUUCGCUGAAAAAGCUAUGGGUGAUGAACUCACAAAUCACAGUGAUAGAGCGGAAUGCUUUUGACGACUUAUCGUCAUUGGUAGAGCUUAAUCUCGCCCAUAAUAAUCUGAGUGCAGUGCCACAUGAUCUGUUCUCCCCGCUCAGGUACUUGGUGGAGCUCCAUCUCCACCAUAACCCUUGGACCUGUAGCUGUGAGGCUGUAUGGUUAGCACGCUGGCUAAGGGAGUACAUCCCUACUAACUCAACUUGCUGUGGACGUUGUCACUCCCCUCCCAGCAUGAAAGGUCGACAGCUGGUUGAGGUGGACCGAGGAGACGGCGCUGCAGUCCAGUGUUCUGCACCAUUCAUUGCUGAUGCGCCAAGGGACUUAAACAUCUCAGCAGGGCGAGUGGCUGAGGUUCGCUGCCGCACAGCCCCAAUGUCUUCAGUGCGCUGGCUACUGCCCAAUGGGACGAUCCUGACACAUGCCUCUAGUCAUCUGAGAAUAUCAGUCCUCAACGAUGGUACUCUAAAUUUCUCAAAUGUUCUUGCAGCAGACACUGGCACUUACACCUGCAUGGUGUCCAACGCAGCUGGGAACUCCAAUGCCUCAGCCUACCUCAAUGUGAGUGCAGCUGAGCUGAAUACAUCCAACUUAAGCUACUUUACCACAGUGACUGUGGAGGUCUUGGGACCAACCACGGAGAUGCCCAAACCUAAAACCACCACCACGGCCACAGCUGCAGGAGCUGGAGUAGCUGGAGGAGGGAUAGGCCUUGGAACAACAACUACUACUGCUUCUCCUUCUGUGUUUCAACCAGUCUUUAUAUCCACACCAACUGUACUACUGCAAAGCACUGACAGCCCACCAAGUGCAGCAAAGCCAUCUGUAGGGCCAGGAAUCCAAGGUUCCACCGGCAAGCCAGGAAGGUCUGGGCCUAGCCUGGAUGAAGUGAUGAAGACCACCAAGAUCAUAAUUGGUUGCUUUGUAGCAGUGACACUGUUGGCUGCUGUCAUGCUCAUUGCCUUCUACAAACUGAGAAAGCGCCACCAGCAAAGGAGCACAGUGGCCGCUGCACGCACUGUGGAGAUAAUCCAGGUGGAUGAGGAGGACCUUCCACCACCAGCAUCUGCAGCUCAAGAGACAGCUCUCACAUUGCCUGAGAUCCGGGACCAUAACAGCAUACACAAAUUGGACUUUAUCAGCCACAAGACUGACUACAGCUUUCACAAACCCAAGGCCGAAUACAAACCCCAGCCUGAUUUCACCCUUCACAAGCCGAAGGCGGAGUAUACCACAUAUAAGCCAAAUAUGGACUUCAGUAGCCACAAAUCCAUCCAUGACUACAGUACUCACAAAUCUACACCAGAUUUCAGCCUUCAUAGACCAAAGCCUGACUACAGCCAAUUUAGACAGGACUACAACACUCACAAACCUAAAGGAGAAUACAGCCCCUUCAAACCAGACUUCGGCACUCAUCCCAGACAGAAAACAGAAUUCAGCCCAUUCAAACGAGAUUACAGCACCCAACCAAAACCUAAACACGACUACAGCCCAUUAAAAUCGGAGUACAACAUGCAGCAUAAACCUAAGGCUGAAUACAGUCCAUUCCAGCCCGACUUUGGCACACACCCAAGACCUAAGCCUGAUUACAGCCCAUAUAGGCCCGACUAUAGCACUCAACCUAAACCCAAAACAGACUACAAUGGCCAGAGAUCUAAAACUGACCUUACCUACAAACCCAAGGAUCCUUACACCCCCCAUAAGACUGCAGCCGAUUACAGCGCCUUCAAGACUGAUUUCAGCCCCCACAAAGCGGAUUACAGCGCCUUCAAGUGUGACUUUAGUCCACACACUCAGAGACCUAAACUUGACUACAGUCCGCACAAAGUGGACUACAGCCCCCAUAAGGCGGACUACAGCACUCUAAAGCCUAAAUAUAACACCUAUAAACCAACCGGCCAUGGGGCUAAAUGGACAGACAACAAUGUUGGGAACUCUUUGCCUCGAACCUUGCCCAGCACCAUCACAGCAAUGGCUGAGCCCUUUGUCAUAAAAACUCACACCAAGGAGAAGGUACAGGAGACUCAGAUUUAAAAGAACCCUUAAAAGGCUCCAACUCCUUUUCCUAGGUCCCUAGCUCCCACCCACCCCCCAGCCCCACACCCCCCCCAAUUGUCCUUUACCCAUAAAAUCAUGCAAUAGAAUGCACAACGAAAAAAGGACAGGAACUACUUUUUUGUACAGAGUGAAAACUUAAAAAGACUGAUGAUUUCUUGUUGUACAUGCUUAUAAAUAAAUAUAUAUAUAUGGACAAAUUGAAACUACCAUGGGCUGGUGAUAGAGAAACAUAUAUUAAAAAGAAAUUGAAACUAUUUUCUAACUUGUAACUUCUAUUUAAAACAAUGAGUUGUUUAAGAUGCUGUCUUGACUUUGACAAAUGAGGGUAGUGUUGUUUUAAAAAGGGGCAUUCUGUGUGAUUUUUACACCAUGCUACAGAGAAUGCAGUGAUGAGAAAAAUAUUUAUACAGAGAAGACUUUCUUUAACAAAAACCGAAAAAAGGUCAGUGUCGAUCUUUACAGGUUUAUCUUGUAAAAGCACCAAGAAUUUGUACUGUGCCAAAUGUUAUAAAUGCAAUAAAAUGGAUUUUUGGAAGAAAAAAAA